GAAAGAGAACUUCAGCGUUGGGCUGCACCUAGUAAUUGCGAUGGCGCCUUGGAGGAGCUUGUUCCAACUCAUAACAGUGAUAGUCACUGGGACCAGUUCAAAGCAAAUGCAGAGCUUUUCGGUUACGUCUCAACCUUCAAGGAAGACCUCUCUCAGUAUUCCACCAUCAUCGAUGUCGCCAAAGUGCCGGCCCAUGCACGCAAGAAGGCAGAACGCCUAGCCAGAGAGAUUGAAGUUCGUCACAGCAUCCGAGGCAGUGCUGACGAAGAAGCUGCAGGACGGGAUGAAGAGACCCAGUUUUCGGCUGUGACAGUGGAUAAUGCUGAUGCGCAAGAAGACGCUCCCACGGGCCGUGGACGAUCGAGUAACCAGAUUAAGGUUCAGGACAAGCCUCGAGAGGAGCGCGGCCUUCCUGCGAACGUGCAGACAGAAGCACAGAUGAAGGUCUCCGGCUCCUUUUUCCAUGUCGAGGGGGUUGGGCUGCUUGAUGAAAAUCUGGUCCGUUCCAAUCCAUGGAUGUUAGACCAGAGCUCAGCAAGAAACAUGCCAAUUGCUCCCGUGACGCCGGGCUUUCUGAGCACACAGCCGCAGAAUGCCGCAACUCCUCCAGUGGACUCCGGUCCGUCUGCAUCUCCGGUGCUUAGCACGGCGCCCGUGUGUACGCCACACAUGUCCUUUGCCAGGGUGCCGCAGGUCCUGCCAGCAGGUGCUGCCGUCAUGAUCGAUGGUCUGAUGACGUGUCCGAGCUUUAACGGCAUGAGUGUCAUCAUCGAUUCCUAUGACUCAGAGACCAACCGCUACAACGUGCAGUUGCCCAUGACGGACAACUUCGGUGUCAACCAGAUUGCCAAGAUCAGACCUGAAAACCUGAAGAUCUAUCCCACACCUCGGUGCCAGUGA